AACCCCUGUCCUUGCCUAGCCCUAACCUAUCCUAAACUUUCCAGGGACAUCCAGACCCAUCGAUCAUCAACUUGGGUCAAACCAUGCACCCCUCGCAUGGAUCUAGACGGGCAGAAGACACCUCCCAGACCGGGCACUCUGGAGCACAGCGCCCAAAAUCCACAGCUUCCUCUGCAGGUAAACCACCUCGCAUUGGAGAUUAUACAGUAGUGAAAACCCUUGGCAAGGGGACCUUCGCCAAAGUCAUGCUGGCCCGUCACGUCAUCACAGGUAAAGAAGUGGCAAUCAAGAUCAUCGAUAAGAGACAUCUGAAGCCACAAGUCCUCCAAAAGAUGUACAGAGAGGUGAGAAUCCUCAAGAUGUUAGACCACCCACACAUCCUGAAGCUCUAUGAAGCUCUGGACUGCGAAAAAGCACUCUGUUUGGUCCUGGAGUACGCCAGUGGAGGGGGAGUUAGGGACUAUCUGGCCAACAAAGGAAGGCUGCAGGAAGAGGAGGCAAGAUCUAUAUUCCGGCAGGUCGUGUCUGCAGUCCAAUAUUGUCACCAAAAGCAGGUCGCCCACCGAGACCUGAAGGCGGACAAUCUGUUAUUAGACUCACAGAUGAAGAUCAAGGUAGCCGAUUUUGGACUCAGCAACGAGUUUACACUUGGGUGUAAACUCGACACGUUUUGCGGCAGUCCGCCCUACGCAGCUCCAGAGCUCUUCCAGCGCAUAGAGUAUGAUGGUCCCGAAGUGGAUGUGUGGAGUCUUGGCGUGGUUCUGUACACCCUAGUCACCGGGUCGCUUCCUUUUGUUGGGGACAAUGUGAGAGAAAUUAGAGACAGAGUGCUACAAGGUAGAUACCAAAUCCCUCUGUACAUGUCAACAGAAUGUGAAAAUCUGCUGAAACGCUUGCUGGUGCUCAAUCCAACUAAGCGCAGCACCCUGGCCGAAAUUAUGGGAGACAGGUGGAUCAACAGAGGCCUUGAUGUCCUCCAACCUCUUGUUGGUCCAUAUGUGGCCAUCUCCCACAGAAACAUCUCAUUGGCUAAGCUGCUGCCAAGCAGGGUCCUCAGAAAGAGCACCAGCUGGCCUCCUCACCGCAAAGUGCAGCGAAGCGUUUCCACUCAGAAGCAGACACAGUCCCUGGACCAUGCUGGAACUGGGCCAUAUCUGACCAGCACUGCCCAGAGUCACCUCAGAGAACAUCAAAUGGCCUCCCAGAAAUCCGGUGGCAGUGCUGUGGGAGGAAAGGGAAUUUCUCCAGCCAGGCCCCUACCUGGGAUCACCACCAGUCCCAAGGAGCUGGAGACUCCUGAAUUCAAGAAAAUGCCUGCUGCCUACAAGAGCAGCACACCAUCUGGAGGGAGGACACUGUGGAGUAAGUACAUUUGCCGCAAAACAACCAAAGCAGACACACGUUCAGUGAGCCGGAAUGGUCAGAACAACAGCAACUUCCCUGCUCAGAGCCCUCCAGUGACUUCAACCCACAGUGUCCCAAGUACCUCCACCCGGGGCUGCAUCUGCUUCCCCAGAGCCAGUGUCCUUCGUAGAAUGUUCCACCGCCAGCCCCGGGAAUCCCAAACUGCAACACACGAAGGUCCUCUUGCCUCACCCAGCUGCUUCCAUCCAGCUGAAGCAUUGCCCCAGACUCAAAGAAGAGGCACCACUGGUGUUUUUACUAAGUUAACAUCUAAAUUCACAAGAAGGCCUCCAACUGAGCCUGAGAAGACCCUGAGAUAUAAGGGUUCAAGUCAACAUGUCUCUGCUGAGCAGAGAAAGGAGAACCAACAAGCAAAACCUCGCUCCCUGCACUUCACCUGGGGCAUGAAAAUCACUAGUGCCAUGAAUCCUAGUGACAUCAUGAGGGAAAUCCGCAAGGUGCUAGAUGCCAACAACUGCCAAUAUAUGCACAAGACGCCCUUUCUGCUCCUUUGCAUCUAUGGAGAUGGGUACACCGAGAAAGUGGUGCAGUGGGAGAUGGAGGUAUGUAAACUUCCCAGACUGUCUUUAAACGGGGUCCGCUUUAAGCCCAUAUCAGAGAAAUCCAAGGCAUUCAAAAAUAUUGCUUCCAAAAUUGCCAGUGAGCUCAAACUGGAACCCAGUCAUUAGGAUGUAAAUUCAGCAGCAACUUGUUUUCCUCAACACUGAUGGACAUAUAGAAUAACAUUUAGGCAAUUGUUGGGAGCAAUGACUAAAUUAGGGUUCUUUAAUUGUCCCGGGAGGUGAUGCCCCUCGUGGGAAUUCUUGAUGCAAGGCGCUGGUCAAGACUGCCCAGUUUCUUGGGUGAAGACCUGUUCCACCUGUCCCACCCAGGGAGCUAUUCAGUUCUUGAACUUGUGGUUCAGGUGGCAGGGCUCAGCGGUGGAACGUUAUGGGCACAAGCUGCUACUCAUAAUUGGACUGGUCAUACAUAUGACCUUGGUUUUGAUGGCUUUGCCCAAAUUUUCUCACAAAAAAAACCUUUUAAGUAUGAAACUUAUAUAACAAACGUGUUGAGCUGGCUCCUGACCGUUGCACUCUACCAGAGUGUAAUCGACACCCAGUUCCAGCUUUUUCACCCCUUGGAUUUCUGACUUUCUCAUCCCCCAUGGCCCCUCAUCUGGUUUCCUCAAUCAACCACCCUGCAGGUGGCAGCAGAUGGGACCCAAACAGGCUAUUACACUAUGGAGUGCAAUGACCACAAGCCUUCUCAGUGUGAUCAAUGAAAGGGGUUUUGGGAGAAAGUUUGUGCAAAGCAAGCAAAACAGGGUCAUAAGUAGGGGCAACCCGAUUAUGAUGACCAGCUUGCUUUGAUAAACUUCUAACUCCUACACCUGGCAUCCAAACCUCAUGGUCAAGAA